AUGCCCCCUGAUCCUCAGGCCCUCGCCCCCGACGCCGCUGGCAUCGACAAAGUGCCCCUGAUGUCCCGGACACGCCAGGUGCUCGCGCGCAUGCGCCGCGCAACGAACGCAGUAUUUGAACACGCAGCCAGUCACACAGGUGUGGGAAUCGUUUGUGCCGUCGCCUACUUUGACCCCGGCAACUGGGGCGUCGACCUACAAGCGGGCUCGCAAUACGGCUACAAACUACUCUUCGUCGUGCUGUUGUCGGGAAUAUUCGCUGUAUUUUUACAGAUUCUGGCCUCUCGCUUGGGGUGCGUCACAGGUCUCGAUCUUGCCUCCCACUGUCGACUUCUGCUCCAUUCGCGCUCUAAACAUACCCUACUGUACCGCUGGGCACUGCUAUACCCACUCUAUGUACUAUCCGAAAUCGCUAUAAUCGCCACAGACCUCGCCGAACUCCUGGGCUCAGCUAUCGCAUUGACACUUUUGUUCCCCAAGCUUCCGUUAUGGGCCGGCGUACUCAUCACUGCCUCUGACGUAUUCAUACUCUUGGCUUUGAAGGACCCACUUGGUGGAAAGCCCGUUAGGCUGUUUGAGAUCAUCAUUGGUGCAAUGGUCUUUACCGUGCUAGUGUGCAUGGCCAUCAUCAUUUCACAAGUCAACGUCGACUGGGGCCAGGCGUUUGAUGGCUUUAUUCCAUCAAAUUCUCUGUUCAAGUCUGGAGCGUUGUAUACCUCUAUUGGUAUCAUCGGCGCCACCGUCAUGCCACACAGCAUCUUUCUUGGCUCAGCGCUAUCCACUCAGGACCGUAUAUCCAAGCACGACAAGCUUCCACGCAUCGAAACAGGCGACACCGGUACGACACUUGUUCUACACACGUUGAAGGCAAAAUUAAGUCUGCCGCCGCCCCACGAGAUGUUUCGUCAACUCAAGAAGACUUUCCGCGAAACUUUUCGUCUCGUACCGAUCGGAGAGCUCUCCUCAGAUCCAAAGUCACAUGCAGGACGAGAUAACAACACUUAUACCUUUGUGAGGGCGCAUAUAUACCACGGUAUGAUUGACAUUACGCUCAGCCUGCUGGGUCUCGCUGUCGUCAUCAACGCCUUAAUCCUCAUUCUGGCAGGCGCCGUCUUUUAUUACGGCGCUGGCAAAAGUUCGGGCGGUCCAGCAAGCCUCUUCGACGCGUAUGAUCUGUUGAAACGUAUCGUCGGGCAGGGCGCCGCGACGCUUUUCGCACUCGCACUUCUCGCCUCGGGCCAAAGCUCGUCGAUCAUCGCGACGAUGGCGGGCCAGGUUGUCUCCGAGGGCUUCCUCCGCUGGCGCGUCUCGCCCAUCCUCCGGCGCGUGCUCACGCGCGCUAUCGGGCUGGUGCCAUCGAUGGCCGUCGCGAUCGCCGCAGGGCGCGGCGGCGUCGACACGAUGCUUGUCGCGUCACAGGUGGCGCUCAGCAUUGUGCUUCCGUUCAUCGUCUUCCCCCUGCUGUAUUUUACCGGCUCGCGCGGCAUCAUGACCGUCAAGAAGGUGCAGCCUGAGACGGAGGACGAACAGGAACCGGAUAAAGUGGAUAAGGCGGACAAUAUGACUGAGCCGCAGCUACAGCUAGAGAACGAUGAUGUUCCAAACAGCGCGUCGUCACCAAAAGACGUCGAGGCCGCAGUGGAGACGGUCGACUAUUCGAACAAUAAACUCGUCGCUACCCUCGGCUGGCUAAUCUGGAUCCUUAUUGUUGUGGCUAACGUGUAUGCAAUUAUCAGCCUUGGGUUAGGUCAGUCUUAG